CUCUCAAGGUUGCUCGGCACAGACCUGGUCGCCCACGCCGCCUUGCAAGGUUGCUCGACAGGGACUUGGUCGCCCGCUCUGCCUCGCAGGAUUGCUCGGCGGGGACUUGGUUGCCCGCUCCGCCUCAUAAGAUUGCUCGAUAGGGACUUGACUGCUUUCGAAAAGUCUUCUUGGGCUUUGUUCUGGCACCCCGUUCCUGGGUGUCCAACAGGAACCCUUGUUGUUGCGUGAUCUGAGGUUCCUCCAUCCUGUCAUCAACGUGACAAUGACGACGGGAAGAGCAGUGUCUCCGAAACCUGGCUCCGUGGAAGGACCUGUGCAGGUUGGUGCAAAUCAGGUUUUCAGACAACGAUUAUGUGACUGCUCGAUGAGUUGAUCUGCAAUGUGACGUCUACAAACUUCAAUGACUCCGCAAACUCAGCUUCGACCGGCCUAGAGCGAUCCCCAGCAUGAUUAAUACUAAGUUUAUCGCUCUUGUUUCUUUUAGAUACGUUCAAGAUGGAUGUAAUCUACUACGUGGAUGUUUUUUAUUUGUUAUGUGUAGCUUAUCCAUUGUUUAUGUAGUAAUUGUUUUAGGAAUUAAUUAAUCUUAAAAGUGCAUAAUUAUCUAAUAUAUUUAACUAUGAGUGCUCAACUAGAGAUCAUGCAGAGUUGCUCUAAGUCUUAGCUCUAGUGACAAACACAUUAAAUCAGGUCAACUUCUUGCUGGCUUUCCCAUCUCUUCUCCCCUUUGGCCAAUGUCCAUGAAUUAAUCCUUCCAUCCUUUUUCUAUGCUUAGGUCUUCGUUAGCCAGCCUAUAAUCAAACUUGUUUACACCUCCCAACAAGCUAUGGCGUCGCCGAGUUCGAGAUGAGAUCGAUCCUGCUGCGUGGAAUUUGACCCUGGUAGUGAGAUCGCCCAGUGACCCAUAGUCUCUGCAUAUAGCCUGCACUUGACCACUGGUCCACUGCCCCCCCACACGCCACGCCAUUCCUCAUUUCACACCACCGGCAGCCGGGAACCAUGGCAGCGGCUACGGCGCACCUCCUAGCCUUCCUAUCGGUUCUCACGACGAUGGCUGCCCUCUCUUCGGUGGCUGCCGGUGGUCGCAUGACGGACCAGCUCGACAUACUCUGGGGCCCAACACAGCUUCUAAACGGAAGCAACGGCGGCGACGACCAGACCAUCGGGCUGUCGCUGGACCGCGUCAUGGGGUCGGGUUUCCGGUCCAAGACCUCCUAUCUGUUUGCCAGGAUCGACAUCGACAUCAAGCUCGUCCCGGGGAACUCCGCCGGCACCGUCACGACGGUUUACUUGAUGUCUGAACAGCAGUGGAAGACCCAUGACGAAAUCGACCUGGAGUUCCUGGGCAACCUCACCGGUCAGCCGUACACCCUGCACACCAACAUCUUCGCCAAUGGCUCUGGUGGCAGGGAGGUGCAGUACCGGCUCUGGUUCGACCCUACCCUAGACUUCCACACCUAUUCCAUCAUCUGGAGUUCAGACGAGAUCCUGAUCCUGGUCGACAACAAGGCGAUCCGGCGGUUCAGGAACCACUGGGACGUCGGCAUCCCCUUCCCGGUGUACCAGCCGAUGAGGCUGAACGGCGUCCUCUGGGACGCCGACGACUGGGCGACGCAGGGCGGGCGCGUCAAGACGGACUGGUCCCAGGCGCCCUUCACCGCCUACUUCCGGAACUACCGCGCCAACGGUUGCGAGCCGAGCGGGUCCGCGUGGGUGUGCGGCCAGGGCCCAGCGCCCGGCGGCGGCGACUGGCUUGACGGCGGAGCAGCUGGGCUGGACGACAUGAAGCGGCAGGAGCAGCUGAAGGAGGCGGAGGAUAUGUACAUGAUCUACAACUACUGCACCGACUCAAAGAGGUUCCCCGGUGGCUUCCCCACGGAAUGUGGGUUGGCGUAGAGCGAGUACAAGUGAUGGUCAUCAGAUUAUUGUUUCAUUUUUUUUUUGCCUCUCUACUAGAGGAACGAGAACAAGAACAAUUAUGAAACCAUCUCUAGAUUGGUCAAAGAUGUCUAGCAUAUAUUCCAACUUCUACGUCCGUAGACGCAUGUGGCUGUUUUAAACUUGCUAGGAUCGUAGAUGAGAAAAAGAGAUAUAAAGUUUAUGGAGGAAAAAGAAACCAUGGAAAAAAAGAUUUAAUA